GUAUAUUUUUGUGUUUUCUUCGGCUUUUUGUAUUUAAACAAAUAAAUAUAAGCAAAAUUGGCGCUACUUUGUAUGAAAUGAGCGCAUAAAAAUGUUUUAAACAUUUUUGAAAAAAAUUCCAAUAAAUUUUGUCUUAAAUUUGCCUGCCCAAGUCAAUAAAACGCAUCAGAAACGUAUAUAUAUAUAUAUAUUUUUUUUUUUGAACAAAACUCGUCAUAUUUUUACAUACACGACUCAAAAAAGCACAUAAAAAUCAUUAAAAAUUUUGCCAUAAAUUUCCCCGCUCAAAUCUCGUCACAACUUUGCAUGCUCGAGUCAAUAAAUUCCAAAAACAAGUCACAUAUUUUGCAUUAUCAACACACUGCUGUUUUACUAAACUUGUUCUACUUGUCAGUUUUAUUUAUAUUUUAUUUAUAUACAAGCGCAUGCACACAUAUAUACAAACAAUAUUCGCGGGGCGUCUAACGCUGCGCAAACACCUUUCAAUACAAAUGCUCAUUCCAGCACAGGCAUAUACAGCUCCCUACAUAGCUCAAUACCUCCAUAUGAUAAUUAUAAGCUCAUCGCAACAAACUCACCAAAUGUAUUUUGAUUAUCUAAUUGCGUGCCGUGUGCGUGUGUGUUUGUUGUCAGCGCGCCGGGAAUCUUCGGAUACAGAGCGCAAAACGCAUUAAUUGGGUCAAAUAGACAGCUACAGCCCACUAGCGUUAAAAAACUAAUCAUUUGUAUAUUGCUUAAUAGCGUGCUAAACGCAAAUGCUGGACGCUACAGCAACAAUAACCAGACUGCUGACAGCUGACGGCUGACAGCGCCACCACUGACAAGGCAAUUAAUAAGUCGAGACUUAUGUUUAUAGCCGUAGUCAAAGCGUAUGCAAAUAUUGGAUGUAGAAUAGUAGACGCUAAAAGUCGGCAGCAAAGAUUGACCGAGCGAACGUUAAUAUAGCUGACUGCUAAUAUAACUGCCAGUUUGUAGCUGCUAACAACAACAGCAACGUUAAUCAAGCGCUAGUAAUUGGUGUUGUUAGACAUUACUAAACAUUGCCUUAAUGGCUGCCAUUUAGCGCUGUAUUUAACAGACGGCUGACUGUUCCAGCACUCGAAGUCUAUAUUUACGCUCUCCUAUAGGCCUAAUGGCUUGACCAAAGCAGCAGCAACAACAAGAAAAGUCUAACUCUACAGUGUUGUGUACUCGUAUGCGGCACGUACAGUGGCAGCUGUGAGGUGUGAAAAAGUGAAAAUUCUCAAACCAUUAAAAGUGUAAAAAGAUAAAAGUGAACGCAGCAGCAAUAAAAACCUGCAAAGUAGCAAAAUAAAGAAGAAGUGAAAAAAAGAAGAAGAAAAAGAAAAAAAUAAUAAGCAGUGGAAGCAGCCGCGGCAACCAUUAAAACAGUAUUUUCCGCAUAAGCGAUUGAGUGAAAACAAUAAUAAUAAAAAAAAUAAAACAACAACAACAAAAACAUAAUGCAAAACCUAUUCGCUGUUAUUGUUGUAUUCCUUGUGCUAAACUGCCUUAGUGUGCAGAUUGCCGAACCAUUAGCCACCAGCUAUGCGGCUGACGUCAGCCAACAACAUGAUGCUAGCAUGGAAUUCAACGAGAAUGAAGAGAAUCUAGUGCAGCAGCAGCAGCAUCACGUGCGGCAUAAAAGCGCACAUAUGCAUAGAACAGCAGCACAUCACAGCCGGCAUAGACAACAACAGCAUGCUGAUGGGGUGAAAAGCGAAAGUGUUGCGAUGGCUAGUGAAAUAACAACGCCAGCCGCCGCUGAUGCAAUGGAGAGUUUGAACUUUCAGCACAAGCACAAACAGCAGCAACAACAACAACAACACAAAGUCAGUUAUGACAUGCAAUUAGAAUUAGAUAAACAGAAAAAAUUGCAACAACAACUACAACAAAAGCAUACGCAUGCGCAACAUAAGAACGCGUUAAAGUCAAGGACUUCGAUAACGACAGUCAUGGAUAAUGGCAGCGAGACUGUUGAGCUGGCUGGAGUGGACGAACUGGUUAAGCCGACUUGGCCGCCUACGUAUAGCAACAACAACUACAACAACAACGAACGCACAAUUACCGUUGAUGAGGCGAACAAAGGCAAUACGCAAAAUGAUUACCAACAACAAGCGAUAAUACGACAACAACAACAACAGCAUCAGCAACAACAUCAUCAUAAACAUCAUAAACUACAGCCAGCAGCCGAUUUGAGUCGCAGAAAAGCCACGACAAUGACAUCUGUUGUGCAUCUCAUGCACCAUAAUAAAGUCGUGCACGCAAGCAGUCAAAUUAAUGUAGACACUGAUAAUGCUGACGACGACGACGAAGACGACGACGCUGCGAGCUCUACAGUCUUGCAUGCGCAUACGCAUUCCACAGUAGGCGGCGGUGGCGGCGGCAUUAAGGAGCACAAAGCGGCUGUGAGCACGACAACGGAUGACGGCCUCACAACCGAGAACACACGAAAUGACAAAAGCGUCGAUUAUGUGGAUGAUGAUGAUGUCGAGUAUUAUGAUUACACUGCCGAUGAUGAGCCGAAUGAAUCGCCGCAUGCGACACAGUCACAGUUACAACCACUUGCCGUUUCCGAUAUCGGUGGCUACACUUAUGACAGUGGCAUUGACGAUGGCAUUGAUGGUGGUGAUGUCGAGUGGCGACCGGUGCAGCACCAUCAACAAUUGCGGCACAAUCAAGAGCAAUGGCAUGCGCAACAAAUGCAAUUGCAUAGGCGUCAGCAUUGGCAACGUGAAGAGCACCAGCAGCAGCAGCAAUAUGAGAGCGAACACGCGCGGGUGGCACGCGAUCAUCAUCGCGUACAAGCGUCGGAGUUGCGCAACAAUCGUUUGCCAUUUGACAUGAUGGAUGAUCAGUACCUUAAUGAUGAACCCGCAUUAAAACCAGAGGAAAUAAAUGAUAUAAAACAGAAAACCUUGGGAACUCCCGAUACUGUAAGGAACGAGUUCAAUUCAUAUGUGCAAAAUCAAAGAAUGCGCUAUUUGGCAGCCGCUCAUUAUGAUCACAUGAAAAGCGCCACCAGAUGCGAACGUCCAAUGCCGCAUGUGAUCCCCGCCUCUAACUACACUUCAAAAACAUACUAUCCCACCCACACGAUUUUGUAUCGCUGCGGUGAGGAUACGGGCUGCUGUCGAUCGAAGGGGCAGAUCUGCACUGUCAAAGAGUACGAGAAUGUGACGCUAUAUUUUUAUGUAGAUUUACUGAACUCCAGCAACUCGCGCCAGCAUAUCGAAGGCUUGACGAUGCGUAAUCACACGAAAUGUGCAUGUCAAAAUCGUCCAUCUGAGAGCUCUACGCCAGAGUACGUCGCACGCGGCAAACGUUCCGAUCUCGCUUACCGGCGACACACGCGUUCGCAUCAUGUCGCUUUGGAUGCCGAAAAUCAGCUGGAGGAAAGCAGUGACCUUGCAUAUGGCAGUGAAAAGCGUCAAGCGGCAAUCUGUCGUUGUCCCAUACACUUCGAUGUCUUCCAGGAGGAUAUUAGAGCGGUAGCAACGCAACGUCAUCAUCAUGAUGUGCAAGCACAAUCAAAUGUUGCACGCACCUACAAUUGCCGUUGCGAUUGUGAAGACGACAAUGCAUCGUGUCAGCGCUUCAAGAAUGGUGAUGAGGGCUUCGGCAUGGAUGAUCGCAGAUGCAUUGCGCAGAGGAUAUGCAGUAUACCAAAUUGCUCCUUUGGCAUUUAUAAUGAACAAAUUGGCCGAUGUCCACGUUCAAACAGGAAACACAAACGUCACAAUAUUGGCUUCGGCUAAAGCGUUAGUAAGAACAUUUACUGUUAAAGCAAAAUUAUGUUUUAAAUAUAAAUUAUGUAGUUUAAGCGCUUAUUCUAAUGAAAUUUUGUAAAUAUAAAUCUAAGUAUUCUUUAAGGUAUUUGAUUUGAAUGUCAAUUGUACGAGUAUUACUUAUGAUUGCAUAUGAUUACUUAAAUAGUGACUAAGCGUAUAAUAGAUUGCUUUCGCCGACUGAAAUGUUAAGCCAUAUUGAAGAUUCACAAAUAAUUAAAUAAUUAACUAAAUGUGUCCCACUUAAAUCGAAUGAGUUUAAAAAUAUAUAUUUUAAUAAUAAAUAAGAAUACUAUUAUAUGUCUUCUACUUAAGUAUUUAAUAAAUUUAAUGAUUUUUGAUUAAGAAAUAAUCACACAGAAAAAUUAAAAUUUUCAGAGGAGAGUUUAUAAAUCAUUAAUUCGUGAGAAUCUUUGUAGAAAGCUUUGGUUAGUUGUGAUUUCGUAGUAGUUAUGAGAAAGCUAAUAUGGUCAGACUUCAAUGGGGGAUAUAAAUUAAGAGUAAACACAUCCAGCUGUCAAAUGAACAGUGUUUCACAAAUGUUACUGUCGUAUAUGAACCCAAAUUAUGAAAAAUUGUUUUCUAAUGCUAGUUUCUCGAAAAUCUAUCCUAGAAAACAUAUUAAUGAAAAUCCUACCCAAGGCAUUAUAUUCAUCAGCUCAAAUAUAUAUUUAUAAAUUUUUUGUAAUUUGUCAAAUCGUAAAGAGUGGCGUUUCGAACAAACAACUGGUAUAAAUCUCAUAAACUGGUAUAAUAAAAUAUAAAUCAAACUUGAAAAUAUUUAAAUCACUUUAUGGACUAAACACACUCUGGUAAUAAAACAAAAUGAUAAGUUUAGAUUAGAAGAGAACUCAAACAUAGCGAACAUGGUGAAUCGAAGACGUUUUAUGCUAUAGCCUUUUCACACAGGAUCAAUUAACCGGCCUCUGCUCGAUUAAAACGCUAAUUAAGAUCGAUUUACCAUGCAAAAUAAAAAUCUACAUUAAUUUUAAAUUUAAUUUUAAUCGACUUGAGAAUGAAUGCAACUCUGCGACAAAGACGACAUACAUUUGAAUUUGACUGAAGUUUUUGAUUAAAAAAAGCUACGGUAGAUGUCGCUGUUAAAAAUAGCAAUCAGCUGAUGAAACUUACCAACUUCUAAUGAAAAACAAAAAC